CAUAAUCAAAGCGGAAGCAUUUCCUCUCCCUUCAUUUCCUUCUAUUUUCCCCAACGCUUGCAAACCGGCGAAACUAAGAAGUGGUGGCCACGGCGGCAAUGACGGUGGAGACGCCGUGAACCAGCCGACGGAAAAACCUCAUUGCGUCGCCACUUCCCAAUCCUAGCUGGGGAAACAGAAAUCAAUCAAUCCAAUUUGAUUUCUAUUUCUCAUUCAACAAAUCAAGCUAAACACAUUCGAUUAAUUUCGAGAAAUAGGAGAUAAUGACGUUGGACGCUUCGUUGCAAGAUCCACAAGAGAGCAACGCCGUCACCGUCGUCGCCGUCAGCAAGGGCAAGAGCAGUCCGUUAACCGUGAGAUGGGCGAUCGAUAACCUUCUCAAUUCUAGGCACACUCUCAUUCUGGCGCACGUUAGGACUAGACAUCAUCACCAUCACGGCCAGCACGGCGGCGCUGCGGCGGAGGCGAACGGCGGAGCAGUUGAUGACAUAUUCGCAGCUUGUCGCGCUUGUUGUGCACGCAAAGGGGUGAAAGGAGAGGAAGUCAUACUAGAAGGCGUCGAUGUGCAUUCUGCACUAAUAGACUACAUCAACCACAAUAGUGUGACCAACAUUGUGCUUAGUGCAUCAACAAGGAAUGUCAUAACAAGGUUUUGGAUCCCGGAUGUGCCCACCAUGAUAAACAAGGCCGCCCCCGAUUUUUGCUCAGUGUACGUGAUUUCGAGGGGCAAAGCACAAUCAAUCCGGCCAGCAGCACGACACGUGGACAGCCCGGGCAAGGUCCCGUCCAUGGUGUCAUCUACUAGGUUUAGCCGCGCAGAAUCGGAGGAUCAUGCUAAUAGGGUAUCGGCCUCCGUGAGGGGGGGAAGGAGGGAUGACAACGAAUAUCUCGAAACUAUUAGACGAUACAAGAACGAUUUUGGUGAUUCGAGAAGGAGGUCGAGAAACAUGAGCAAACUCCUUAACAUACACGAAGAUCCGAUGGCACCCGGGAUAAAGGAUAAGGGCAUGGAUAUCACAAAAGUGCAAAUUUCAAACACAAGUAAUGUGGGAUCAGAACUCAUUGAUCAUCUUGCAUCAAAUUCUUUGUCUCCAACUGCAAUCAAUAGACUCAAGCAAGAGGUGCAUCAGACAAUGACUAUGUAUAAUGAAGCUUGCAAAGAAGCAGUUUCCGCUCAAAAGAAGGUAAAUGAGCUUCAGCAGCUGAAGCAGGGAGAGAUAGACAGAGUGGAGCAAGCUCGGCUCGCGGAAGAGGCGGCCCUCGCUCUCGUGGAGAUGGAGAAGGCGAAAUGUAGAGCAGCCAUUGAAGCCGCGGAGAAAGCACAGAUGAUAGCCGAGAAGGAGACGCAGAGGAGAAAGUACGCGGAGCAGAGGGCGAUGAGGGAGGCAGAGGAGAAGAAACGUGCGUUGGACGUGUUGUCAAACAACGAUGACCGUUAUAGAAAAUACGUGAUUGAAGAGAUCGAAGAGGCCACAGGCAACUUCUCGGGAUCACGGAAGAUUGGAGAAGGAGGCUACGGCCCCGUGUACAAAGGGAAGCUCGACCACACACCGGUUGCCAUCAAAGUCCUACGCCCCGAUGCUGCUCAGGGCAAACAACAAUUCCAACAAGAGGUCCAAGUCCUGACCUGCAUGAGGCAUCCUAACAUGGUUUUGCUCAUGGGCGCUUGCCCUGAGUACGGAUGCCUCGUGUACGAGUACAUGGACAACGGGAGCCUCGAAGACCGUCUCUUCAGGAAGGGCAACACUCUCCCCAUCCCAUGGGCUGUUCGGUUCAAGAUCGCCUCUGAGAUAGCGACGGGCUUGCUUUUCCUCCACCAGGCCAAGCCCGAGCCCCUGGUCCACCGUGACCUCAAACCGGGAAACAUCCUACUAGACCAUCACUACACGUGCAAGAUCAGCGACGUAGGGCUGGCCCGGCUGGUCCCACCCUCGGUCGCGGAUAAUGUGACUCAAUAUCACAUGACAUCGGCCGCGGGCACAUUUUGUUACAUCGACCCAGAAUACCAGCAGACAGGCAAAUUAGGCACAAAAUCCGAUAUUUACUCUCUCGGAGUGAUACUACUACAAAUCAUCACUGCUAGGCCCCCCAUGGGCCUCACCCACCACGUUGAGCGGGCCAUUGAUCAAGGCACAUUUGGCGAUCUGCUCGAUCCAACUGUGCCUGAUUGGCCCCUCGAAGAGACUCAGGGCUUCGCAAAACUAGCCCUAAGAUGCACCGAGCUGAGAAAAAAAGAUAGGCCUGAUCUUGCUAAAGAGAUUUUGCCUGAGCUCAACAGGUUGAAAGAAUUUGGACAACAACAUAGCCAAUGGAAUAUUCAUUUUUCAUAGAUCAAAAUUCCAUAAAAUUCACAUUCAUCAAUUAAAUUUUGCCACUUUGAGCUAGGGAUCUUCGAGUACCAAAACAAAGACGCAAAAACUUGCAUGAGACCGACAUAUAUGAAACGACAUUUCUCAAUAUUUAUGUACAAUAGUUUUUAUGUCUAGCUAUUCAGAGUGCACUCAUAAGUAAUGACUACCGUGUGAUUUUUGGUAUCACUCAUUUAUUUGUAAAAUCUUACUUCAUUUCAUGAAUGUCUUCUAUCAAAACAUGCUACUUUCUUGA